CAUAACAAAAUUUUAACGAAGAAAACAGAAGAAUAUUGUACAAAUUGCUUCCAACUUUUAUUUUUUUCGAAAGAUUCCAAUAUUUUGAAGCCUCUGCCUUGGCUACAAUCCAAGGCAGAGAUCAGACGAAGACGAAGGCAUUUUGCCUUCGUAUUAAUAAAGUCAAAUCAUGGCAUUUCAAGAUUUUGACCAAAUUACAGAACGUCGAAGACUUGAAAGAAAACAGAAAUUGAAAAGGAGAAUCAUACUUGGUGUUGUCGUAGCCGUUCUAAUUCUUUCAGCAGCUAUUGUGGCAUUCUUGAUAUUCCUUAACAAUGCCCAACAAGAUGAAGCCGAAGGGGAUGACGUGCCCAACGUGGAGAGUGCCAACAAUGAAGAUAAGGACACGUCACCUGGUAUCUCCGGUGAUGAUGGAAAUAACGACCAAAAAAUCUUACAAACCCAAAAGGCCGUGAAAACCGUAUGUCAGUCAACGGAUUAUAAAGAAACAUGCGAGAGUCAUCUUGAGAAAUCGUUGAGUUCUACAAAACCUUCGGGAAUACCCCAACCCGAGGAUCUUGUGAACGCCGCCAUAUCCGUGGCCUCUGAUGAGCUCAAUAAUGCCAUCGAACAAACCUCUAAAGCCAUGAAAGACGAGGAGAAAGGGAUACACGAUGUUUGCAAGCAAGUUCUCGAGGAUGCGCAAGACGACUUCAAUAGGUCACGAAAUGCAGCCAUGGAUGGCACCGCUGUUCUUGAUUUAGACAGUUGGUUGAGUGCGGUGAUUGCGUAUCAACAAACCUGCAUCGAUGCAAUUACAGAGGACGCAACUAGGGCUAGUGUCGAAAAGGUUUUAAAGACCACCAAGGAACUCACCAGCAAUUCUCUGGCCAUCGUCUCCUCAUUCGACAAAGGAGCAGCACCACCUGCAACCGCCAAUCGACGGCUUCUAUCUCAAAGCCCAGAUGAACUUCCCAUCUGGAUGACGCAUGAAACCCGAAGGUUACUAAAGGCUGACGCUCCAACCCAGACUCCAAAUGCGACUGUCGCUAAAGAUGGUUCGGGUGAUUUCUCCACCAUUUCUAAGGCGUUGGAAGGGAUCCCGGAGAAGUAUGAAGGUCGAUAUGUCAUUCACAUUAAAGCAGGCGUGUUCGAAGAGAACGUGAUUGUAACGAAAAAGAUGGUAAACGUCACAAUGUAUGGCGAUGGAUCGCAAAAGACGAUCAUCACGGGGAAGAAAAACUUCGUAGACGGCGUGCCUACAUUCCAAACAGCGACAUUUGCGGCUAUCGGGGAAGGAUUUAUCGCUCAGUCAAUUGGAUUUAAAAACACAGCAGGUCCUGAAAAACAUCAAGCAGUCGCACUGAGAGUGCAAUCUGAUCGUUCGAUAUUCUUGAAUUGUCGGAUGGAGGGAUAUCAAGAUACAUUGUAUGCGCAAACACACAGGCAGUUUUAUCGUGGGUGCGACAUACUCGGGACAAUAGAUUUCAUAUUUGGAGAUGCUGCUGCGGUCUUUCAGACGUGUGAGAUUUUGAUCAGAAAGCCGAUGGAGAAACAAAAGAACACAGUGACAGCUCAGGGAAGAAGCGACAAGCGUCAAACGACAGGGAUGGUGUUACAGAAAUGCAAGAUUACUGCAGAUUCAUCUCUGGAGCCUGAAAAGUCAAAGAUUGAAAGUUACCUUGGGAGGCCAUGGAAAGAGUUUUCGAGAACAAUCGUUAUGGAAUCAGAGAUUGGAGAUGUUAUUCGUUCAGAUGGUUGGUUGCCAUGGGAAGGAGACUUUGCGCUUCAAACGCUUUACUACGCAGAGUAUAACAACAUAGGUCCGGGAUCUCAGGUCAAAGAUAGAGUUAAAUGGCCUGGUUAUCAGAAUGAUUUCAAGAAGGAAGAAGCGAUCAAAUACACUGUAAGCCAAUUUAUACAAGGCGAAAGUUGGUUAAAAGGUAGCAAGGUUCCUGUUCGUCUUGGCUUCUAUAGCUGAUUGAGUUAAAGAUUAUUCUCAAAGGUUCCAAAAAAUGAAAGCAAGGCUAACACUUCAACGACUGCAUAUGAUCGAUUAGCCAUGCAACGGGACUCGUUUUACUCGAAUAAAGAUUUGCACAAGUAGGUACGAUCACAUUUUUUAGUAUGAAACAUGUUUAAAAGUAGUUCAUAGUGUUGGUUUUUCUUUAGAGUUGCUAUUUGUAUUGGAAUAGCUA